AUGCCUCGUGCACAAAGUUCCGACCGCCGCCAGCAGGAUGCGAAAGCUGCUCAAGCGGUGCGAGAGAGGCAGUCUGUAUGGCAGCUACGCUGCAAGUUGGAUCAGUCCCGCCGCGAGGCUCGGCUAGCUGCGCGAGCUUUGGAGCACCAGUACGCAGACUUGAAAAAGCUGGAGGGCUCCGAGCGGCAAGAGUCUCAAUAUGCCGCGCAGUUGGAGUCGAAGGCGGCGCAGUUGCUAGCCGGCAGCCCGGCUGCCGAGCUCCGUUUCCAAGGCGAAGGAGAGCUGGAAAGCCUGCACGACGAGAACCGCCACCUCCUGAGAGACAUCCGAGCACUGCGUCAGUCCGAGAAGGAGCGACGCGGCGAAGCACUGCGACUAAUCGAGACGGCUGAGGACUGCGCCGCUUUUGGCCAAGUGUCGGUGGAUCUGCUGGGCGCGGUUGGAUGGGGUCAGCUUGAGGUGCAGGAGGCCCAGCUGAAUCUCACACGUACAAGCGCCACAAGGUCUUGCAUCGCGGAGGAGCACGAUUCAUUGCUGUGGUCUGUGCAAUCUGCGCGGCAAGAGCAGCGCAUCGAGGUGGCACAGCUGGCAACGGACGAGUCGGUGACCGGGCAAGAAGCGCAAGCAAGCAGUGAUGAGGCCGUGCUCUCCGCCCGUGCAGACAGACGCAACCUGGCCAUGGAGACCGCAGCAUGCCACGAGGCUGUAGCCCUCUUUCGCACUGAGUGUGAAGAGUUCACGGCUGAAUGGUCGCGUGAGUGCGAAGAUGAGGAGGCAUGCAGCCAUGAGCUCCUUGAGCUAAAAUCAGCUGAAGAAAGUCUGGCUCGGGACCUGCUCACGGAAUCCUGGCUCCUGAAGCAAAGUUGCGAAGCGGCACGCAGCCUUCGAGGACAGAUCACCGAAAUGGAUGCCGAAUUGAGAGCUGCUUCCAUGUCACGCCGUGGGCUGGCGGCGGCACAAUGGCGUGGCGAUGCCCUGCAGGCAGCUGGGCUGCGUGAGCUUCACGCGCAAACCUCCGAACUGCAGAGCGAGGCAGCAUCUGCGCAGGUCGCCGCUUCAAGCCUCAAGCAGAUUGGGGAAGGUUGCAAGCUUGAGAGCCAUGCACAGAUGUCGAUGAUGGAAAUGGAGCAUGCCAGAGCUGAAGAGCUCGUUGCGAGCUACGCCUACGCCUGGGAGCAGGUCCACCGGCUGCAGCGCACGGUGAGCGCGGAGGAAGCGCAGAAGAAGGUGAUGCAAGCACGAGCCCGGGAAGCACUUCUUGAGAGUGAGGCUGCUGAUGCCCAUCUUCUGCAAGCGCGGGCAAAGUGUGAGGUGGCUGCUGCUACACUUACGCAGGGCCGACAGCUGGCAAUGCGCACAGGCGCAGACCUGCGUGAGCGGCUGAAGGAACGUUGUGCUGCACAGGCUGGCCUCAGUGAGCAGAUUGAAGAGGGAUCGGAGCGAGCACGAGAGUGCCGUGUGCAGACAGAGAAGCUGAAGCAGGAGCUCGCCACAGUCCGCCGUCGAAGUGCUUGCCUUCGAAGCCUGCUUCCGCCGGGCUGA